UGUGGAUAUAAUAGUUUAUUGGAAGCUGGAAUGGCUGGAAUUCCUGUUUUGGUUAUGCCUUUCUUUUUUGAUCAAUUUCGAAAUGCUCGAGUAGCUGAACGUAAUGGAUGGGGAUUAUAUUUUGAUAAAAGAUUGUUGUUAAAAAGUGAUGAGGAAUUUAAAUUAGCUUUACAAACAAUUCUUGAAAAUGAAAGGUAA